GCACACCGUAGUUGGGGCACCAGGGCGCUGCAGUUGUUAGAAAGAGGUGAGUCCUCCGCUAUAAACAAACUGCAGAAUAACAGCAGCUGGGAUCGGUGAGUUUGUCCGGCCUGUCGUUGUUACAUGUAGCGCCGUAAAUAGUGAAGCAUAAUGGGCAACACAAGUGAUAGGGUGUCUGGAGAUCGCCAUGGAGCCAAAGCCCACCGCUCGGACAGUAGCGGCAGUCACAAAGACCAAGAACACAGCAGCAAGAUGGUGGACAGCACAGAUGACCCCAACAUCUUCAACACCCAUGGGCCUGAGUCCAAGGCAUUAGGAGAGAAAGAAUUCACCCCAGAUCUGGAUGACCUGGUGAAGCCUGGUCCUCAGGCUCGACCCACUGUGAUCCGAUGGGCAGGUGGAGGGAAGGAGGUCUACAUAGCUGGUUCCUUUAAUAACUGGGGCACAAAGAUACCGCUAAAUAAGAGUCAUAAUGACUUUGUAGCGAUCCUGGACCUGCCUGAAGGAGAGCACCAGUACAAGUUUUUUGUAGAUGGGCAGUGGGUCCACGAUCCCUCUGAGCCAGUGGUAACCAGCCAGCUCGGCACCAUCAACAACCUGAUCCAGGUGAAGAAGUCUGACUUUGAGGUGUUUGAUGCCCUGCAGGUCGACUCUCUGGAGUGCUCAGACACAUCAGAUCUGUCCAGCUCCCCUCCAGGUCCAUAUGGACAGGAACAGUACAUCUUCAGACCCGAGGAGCAUUUCAAAGCCCCACCGAUACUCCCUCCUCACCUCCUUCAAGUCAUACUCAACAAAGACACCAAUAUAUCUUGUGACCCUGCCCUGCUGCCUGAACCCAACCACGUCAUGCUAAAUCACCUGUACGCUCUCUCAAUAAAGGAUGGAGUGAUGGUGCUGAGUGCGACUCACAGAUACAAGAAGAAAUACGUCACUUCUCUGCUUUACAAGCCUAUCUAAACCUCAGCUUGGGUGCUCCACAGUGCUUUUAGAAAGCAGCCUGUUUGUAUUCUGCUGUUUCUUGUUUUUUUGUAUCAUUGCAUUUAGCCAAAUCUUGCACUGAAACAAGUUUACAGGUGAGCUCAAGGCCGUGACUUUGGCUUGGUUUUUUUUUUUU